AUUUUUCACUCGCACAUGGCAGCCGCUGUGAGCUGCUGCAUUUGUUGACAGUGGUGACAGUCGAUUAUAAUUUAUCGCAUUUCUCCGUGCAUCCGCGUUAAAAAAUUCACGCAGAGGCCGGACGUAGUUAGACCACGCCUUUACGGCAAUUUCACCGUGUUGUCACUGGCGUUUUUGGACAAGUACCAACGAAUGUUUUCGGCCUUUCUUUGUUAGUGGGUGAGCUAUCUCGUUGUUGACUUCGUAACGCGAAGGACUGUGUGACCCGCCAGCGCAAUGAAGGCAAGCAGACCAGAUGCCGGCAAAGGCCACGGUGCCUGGGGCGACCAGCGGCAGCAGAAAGGUGCGAGACCAGAUCAGCAUGGUAAACGAAAAGUGUUUGUUGGAAACAUCGGUGCCGAAGCCAGAGAGGAAGACAUUCGCCGGGUUUUCGAGAAGUACACGGUGGAGAACGUGAACAUGCGGUUCGAAGGAGAAAGGAAAGCGCACUGCUUUGUCAUCUUCUCUACCGAAGCAGAAGCAGAGGAAGCCCUCAAUGGUUCAUUCAUGCUCAACAAUCAUCCCAUUGCUGUCAAGAGUGCUAGCAUCAGGACUGAGCCUGCUGGUUUCACCCCUGGCACUGGAGCCCAUCGAGACCAUCGUGAAGGUUCCAAGGACAUCUCCACCGACAAGUCGAAGGAAGUUUUCCUUGCGAAUUUGCCAAACCUCAUUGAAGAGGAACACAUCCUCCAGCUGUUUGAGAGGUUUGGACCCGAGAAAGUGGUGCUUAAGAAACCGGAUAACAAGAAGCCGUUUGCAUUCCUGACACUGCGAGACCAGCAGGCAGCUGUAGAUGCCAUCGGCGAGAUGAAUAACCAUGUUUUUCUGGGAAAGAAGAUCAGUGUCAUGGCCUCUGGACAAAAGGGUGGUUCAUCAACUCAGCCAAACAGGAAUGCACAGCCAAACAGCUCCAAUUCUUCUCAUGGAGGCAGCAGUAUGGAGGAGUCUUGGGAUAGCACGCCAUCACCUGCACCAAGCUCAGGUUCGGCACCUUGGCCAAGUAGCAAGGGUGUACAGAAUGGCAACAACUCUUCUCAUAAAGGCGGCAAUUCAGAAGAAAGCUGGGACAGCGCACCGUCUGUGCCUGUUGUUGCUCCCGAAGCACAUUCUUCCUCCGCCUCUUCCAUGCCGAGCCUCGAUGGACCUCCGAUGCUGUGUAGAGUCUCGGAUGCUCUUGGGGCUCGCGAUAUGCUUCCACCGCUGAUUCGUGUCAGGAACAGUGGACCGUCUACGGGUCCCAAACGAGCUGUCCUUAACAUGUCUGAGCAGACUGCUAUGAAUGGGGUGGACUCGCAGGAUGGUCCGCCUCCCCUGGACCGUGUUUCAGCUCACGGAGCCCAUGGCAAGCCGCGACAAGAAGGUCCACCAGCGGUCAGCUCACCCAAUGAAGUUUUUGUGGGGAAUUUGAAGGCAGGCAUUACAGAGGAAGAAAUAAGGAGCAUCUUUGCAAAGUAUGGAGUGGUCAACAUUGCCCUGAAAGCGAAAGGCCCGAAGCCCAUAUGCUUUGUGGAGCUGGAAAGUGCAGCAAGUGUUGACCGUGCCGUUCAAGACCUCAAUGGUUCCUCCGCGGGAAAUCAGCAAAAUUUGGCUGUCCGCAAGGCGGAUGGCACGAAGCCGAAACAGAAGCCACAGAAAGCAGAUGCACCUGCUGCGAAGGACCCUUUCAGCAAUGCAAACAAGCUCUUUGUGGCUAACCUUCCAAAGAAUGUUACAAAGGAUGACGUAAGAAAUAUUUUUGACAAGUACGGAGUGCAAGAGACUUUUCUCAUCACAACGAAAGGAGCUCCGUAUGCCUUUGUCACCCUGUCAUCACAGGCUGCCUUCAACAAAGCCUUGCAGGAGAUGCAGGGCUUUACUUUUCAAGAUCACAAACUAUUUAUUGGCCUGCCUUCAAAGAGGGAUGGCAGCAACCAAGCCCAACCUGUUCCCAAGACCAACACAGCUCCUGCCAAUGCCCCUGCCACUGGCAGUAAUAAUCCCGGCCAUUCGUCAGACUCAUCUCCAGUAGUGCUCUGCAUUGCAAACUUUGCACCUGAAACAAAAAUGGCUGAAGUUGCCGAUCUUUUCUCCAGCUGGGACCCCAUUGAAGUAGUGAUGGGGAAAAGUGAUUCUUCUGGUCUAGGAUCAUAUCCGCACGCCUAUGUGACAGUGGCCGACAGAGACACUGCAGAGACUGCUGCGCUAAACCUGAAUGACACCUACUUCAACGGCCGGAUAAUUGCAGUUGUGCCACUGCCUAAAAAUUGCAAAAAAGCACCUUGAGACUCGCCCAGGCCUGCUUUCUUCUCGCCUCUUGCCAUCAAGCCAUGUGAGGGGCUCUGGGAAAAUUUCGUCAUCAUGUUUCUACCACUUGUGUGUCUGAUGUUGUGACUGUGUAAAAGACAUUCCAAAGUUCCUCACUACCAUCUUCAUGGUCUUGACAAAGCUGACAUAGAAGUCUGUGUUGUUGUUACGUCUCACCUUGCUGCUAAACUGCAGGUUGGUUUGUUGUGUUUUACACCUUUGUUGGAAGGACAUUGCAAGGUAGCAUUGUUUCUUUUUGAAGUACGGUAGCUUGUAUCGGCAGGGUUUCCAGUGUGGCAUGUUGUAUUGUGUGAAUAUAUAUAUAUAUGUAUAUAUAUAUAUAUAUAUAUGUUGGUCACAUAUGGUAGCUGAAAAAAUGCAGGUAAGUCAGGAACAUCGGAUUCAAAGACAAAGGACUGCAUGUCAUAUUUUCCAUCCAUUCCUUGCCUUGUUCUCCUUUUAAAAAAUUUACGUCCCUUAUGGUGUACUUUUCUCAAACAAGUCAAUUUAAGGGUGCACUCUCCUAGUUACGAGCAUUGCACUUUCUAGCUGGGAGGGAAUCAGCACACUGUGCUGGAAAGCUGUGCAAAGUAAUGACGUCUAUCGUUGUUGCAACUGAAGUUCACUUGAUAUGUGUAAAACUUUUGUUCAUUUUCCUGCCAAGGUGUUGUACACAGAAGGCAUGCCUUGUGUUUAUUACAGCUACGUUUGCAUGCUGCCUAGCGAUUCGCUUUCUGCAACGAAGGAGCAGUUGCUUCACUUAUUGUCAUUUUUAAACGAAAUGUUUAAAAUUUCACUCUAUGAUUCAUUUUUGUGUUUUAGAGCAAGUGGCACGUGUCAGUUCUGUCGUGCAGUUGUACUUGGAUCCAUUUGAUCUGCCAAACUAUUAUGAAAGGGAAAAAGAACAACAAUUUUUUUUAAAUUAAAGGUUGCAGGGCAAUGUAUUGGCAGCAGUUGCUUUUGCGGAAGCGCACGGCAUAAGAGGUCAAGCUGUGAAAUAUGCAUGGUGCGUGCUUGUAUAGCAUUGAAGUAUUGUAUAUAGCCAAGUGACCUUACAAACCUGAUAUAAUAUGAGUCAGCUUGAGCUUUGGGGUGGUAUUCUUGAGUGAUAACUUUCGGGGAAUUCUUGGCAUUGAACUGUUCAUGUCGUUUAUGACUUUUUACGUAAUGCCUGAUUCAAUUCGUUGCUGUUGGUCACAGAUGCCCUUGCAUCUACUAUGAUUCAGGCAAGUCGCAUGAUAUUUUGGAAAAGAUGUUACCUCCGAAAGUGAUUUGCUCAAGAAUACCACUUCUGCACACACGUCUUGACAGACCCAAGCAUCGAGGGCUGGUGUCUGUGAAAUACAUUUUUCGACUGUAGUUCGCAACCUUGAGAAGUUUAAAAGAUAAUGCGCACACGGUGCACUUUUCUCCCUUUUAAUGAAUAUAACAAGCCUUCUUGAUUCACAGGAGACCAUAGCACAUACAAUAUUUUCUUUGCAUGAGUGACUCUAGUAAACUAGGCGUGAAUCUUAAGUAGAGCUUGCAAUCUGUCCAUGAGCCUGUAUGUAGCACAGUUGGGGAGCACCUGAGAAGCCUGCCUAUUGAAGUGGUAAUGGUAAUGCCACCAGAGAACUGUACUUGCACAGUGAUAAGUAAGGUGAUGAUAUUGUUCUUGAAUUAAUUGACUUGCCUCUUGGGCUGCAUGGUCUUUAAAGAAGCUUUCAGAAGAACUGCCCUCUUGAAGCUGCUGUUCACACGGCAUUGUCAUGUGCUAUGGCAUGUGUGGGGUGUUAAUGGAAAGGGCUGUGAGACAGUGUGUCCAUAAGCUUGUCUAGUUAAAACAGGUUCAUCAUGAAAAAAAAAAAAUGUGUGAGGAGUGAUUUUGCAUUAUUAAAAAGGAGGCGAGGCAGGAGUGCGAUCGUAUAAGCUAAACAGCACUUGGUCAUUAUAAAGGAUUCAUUCAUUUACCACGAUGGCCAUUUUUGUGGCCAAGUUCACAUAUUAUUCAAGCCGCACGCUUGUCUAAAGAAUAUCUUGAGGUGUGCACGUUUAGGCACACCCGAUUUUGUGGGGGCAGCACCUUUUUGCGUGUUUAUUUAGAGUGAAGAGUUUUCACUAACAGCAUUCAAACAGCAUGUCAUUACAAUUAAGGUUUUCAGUUAAGUUGAACACAGCCUUAUGAUUCAUGGUUACUUGUUCGUUGAGCAUAGCGUAACAUUGAAAUGAUGUAGACAGCUGCUCACAUAAGUUGGUUAACUGGGCUGAGGUAUAUCUAGUGGUUUCCUAGAUCCAGCAACAGAAAAGCAUCAUGUUGCACUGUUUCUUGCUAGGAAAAUUUUGUUCAGUAUAUCACUGCUGCUGAAAUCAAAAGAGAUGAGAUCAUAUAUUCAUGCUCUUAUGCCCUUACAAAGUUUCUUUUCUGCUAUCGCAAGACAUUCAUUGAUUUGCCAAUUGAGUUAAAUGUCCAACUCUGAUACGUGAACAUACAGUGCACAGCUUGGAAACAUUGCUUUGAAUUCUGUAUUCUUGGACGAUGGUUUUGAAUGUCCUAGUUUUUAUUUAGAAAUCUUCAUUGUCCUAUAAUAUUGUAACUCAAUCAUGUCGAUUGAAACAUUGCUAUCGUGAAUCCUUCCUGCGCAAUGUGCAGAUGUGCAGCAUACAACUGUUCUUUUAGAAAAAAAAGCUAUUUGAUGACGUAUAGGUAUAAUCUUAUGAAGUGCAAGCUCCGGCUGGAAUCAUUUUACUGAGUACUUAAGUCCACAAGGUGUUGAACUUGUAUCUAUAAAAAAAAUAUAUUUUUUUCCUAUACCAAACCUCUCCUUAUGCCCCAUCCUCCUGUAAGAAGGCAGUCGGGAUAAAAAAAAUUGUGCAACAUCGAGGCAACAGAAAUGUGCAUGAAAUAUUGUAUUCAUUUUCUAUGUACAAGGCAUUUAUUUGGUCCCAUGACCAUGAUCACUAUGGGCAGUGCAAAUUUUUGUACUUGGCAACAAAUGUGUACAGCACCAAAAAAAAAAUUAAUACGUGUACAUGUGCAGCUCCAUCUUCCAUGCGUGUUUAUAUUGUAACAAAAGUCAUUUCAUUUUUUUUUUUUUUCACUGCACUGAACUGUGUUCACACAUCAAAUAAAACUACUUUGCAAGCGAACUUCGCUUCUGUACAGUA